AUGUCUGAGUCGCCCGCUGCCACCCCCGAGCCUACGCAGGCACCCGCCGCUGCCCCUCCUGCCGAAGGCGAUGCUGCCCAGUCCAAGAAGGGCGCAAAGAAGGCCGAGGCCAAGGCCAAGAAGGAGGCCGAGAAGGCUCGCAAGGCCGCCGAGAGAGAAGCUGCCGCUGCUGCCCAGAAGGCUGCUGCUGGCAAUGCCGAGGAUCUGGCCAAGGACAACUACGGCGAUGCCACACCUCAGACCAAGGUCGAGGCCGAGCGCGUCAACCUCAAGAACAUUGGCGAGGAGCACCUCGACAAGACAAUCAAGCUGCGCGGAUGGAUCCAGAACUCCCGCAUGCAGGGCGCCAAGAUGGCCUUCAUUGAGCUGCGUGAGGAGCGGGCGUGGACCAUCCAGGGUGUCAUUGCGGCCAGCCAAGAGGGCAAGCCUGUGAGCAAGCAGAUGGUCAAGUGGGCUGGCGCCCUCAGGCUCGAGAGCUUUAUCCUCGUCGAGGCCACCGUCAAGAAGCCUCUCGAGCCCGUCAAGAGCUGCAAGGUCAGCGACUACGAGCUCCACAUCACAAAGAUCUACUGCAUUGCUCCCGGCCCCGAAGUGCUCGGCCUGGGUCUCAAUGCUGCCAACAAGGCCGUUGCCAGCUUCGAAGACGAGGAGCCGUCCUCUGGCGUGCCCACCGAGGCUGUCGAGAACCUCAGCCUCGCUGAGGGCCAGCCUGCCGCCAGCUUGUCGACACACUUGAACAACCCGGCCAUGCACAAGCGUGCGCCCGUGCAGCAGGCGAUUGCCGACGUUCGCAUGCGCGUGCGCAAGCUCUUUGCCCAGUAUCUCGACUCCAAGAACUUUGUUCAGUUCGAGGCUCCCUGCCUCAUUGGUGCCGCUUCCGAAGGCGGUGCCAACGUCUUCCAGAUGCCGUACUUUGACACCAGCGCCUGCCUGGCCCAGUCGCCCCAGUUCUACAAGCAGAUUGAGAUUGCCGGCGGCCGCAAGCGUGUCUACUGCAUUGGUCCCGUGUUCCGUGCUGAAAACUCCAACACGCCUAGACACUUGACCGAGUUCACCGGUCUCGAUCUGGAAAUGGAAAUCGAGGACACCUACGUAGAAGUCAUCGACAUGAUCGAGGGUCUCAUGCUGCACAUCUUCCGUGGUCUUGAGGAGCAGUGCAAGGACGAGAUUGAGCUCAUCCGCAGCGUGUACCCCUCAGAGAAGUUCUUGCUGCCUGAGCCUGGUAAGGAGGUGCGCCUCACCUUUGCCGAGGGCCAGAAGCUCCUGCGCGAGGAGGGCCCCGAGGAGUACCGCAACGUCUCCGACGACGAGGACAUGAGCACGCCCCAGGAGAAGGCUCUCGGCGCGCUCGUGCGCAAGAAGUUCGGCACCGACUUCUACGUCCUCGACAAGUUCCCCGAGGGUGCUCGUCCUUUCUACACCCUCGAGGACCCGGCCAACCCCAAGGUCACCAACGCCUACGACUUCUUCAUGCGUGGUCAGGAGAUCCUGUCGGGUGGCCAGCGUAUCCACAUCCCCUCCCUCCUGGAGGAGCGCAUCCGGAAGAAGGGCAUCGACCCCGCCAGCCCGGGUAUCAAGGAGUACGUCGACGUCUUCAAGUCGGCCGGUGUCCCGCCUCACGGCGGUGGUGGUAUCGGUCUGGACCGCGUCGUGUCGUGGUACCUCAACCUGCCCAGUGUCCACCUGAGCAGCUACUACCCCAGAACCCCCAAGAGGCUUAUGCCAUAG